UAGAGUACUAAUAAAAAAGAGAUUAUGUCAUUGUUGUUGUGGUUUCUUUUGAAAACCAAGCCUUUUCUUUCUUUCUUUAUUAUAAUUGGCUAAUUAAUUGGCUUGGCUUCACAGUUCACACCAUAUAACAUCACUCCCUUAAGUUUUCCCUCCUUUCUACACAUAACACUUUCCUCAGCGUUGAUUGACUCUGGUCUUUAUAAACUUCAAAACGAGAACUCAGCCGAGAAAGUGCAAUAGAAAUUUGCCGAGAAAGUUUCCCAGAAAACUAGUGAAAUACUGAAAAUUCAAUCUCACAAAAUCAACCAAGUAAAUAAAGAUGAAACACAUUUUCAAGAAGCUCCACAUAGGGAGUAGCCACGAGCCCAAUCGAUCGUCCACCGAAGGUUCGACCUCGACUUCGACUUCGACUUCGAUUCCAGCUACUUCGCCAUCGAUUCCGGUUACUCCGCCAUCAUUUUCUUCCGAUCAUCGCAACGCCUCCACUCAGCAAUCCGCUAAUUCUCCCGGGAGUGCUUCAUCUUCCCCCUCCCCGUCGCCGUCUACCAAUGUCAACACUGUGAGCACUACCAACACCACUCCACCGUCAACGGCUCGGUCUGAUUAUAUGUCGUCCGAGGAGGAGUUCCAGUUUCAACUUGCCCUGGCGAUCAGCGCUUCGAAUUCAGAAGUUCGCGAUGAUCCUGAAAAUGAUCAGAUCCGAGCCGCGACGAUCUUGAGCUUGGGCAAUCAUAAGAUCGAGUCGGCCAGGGAGAAGGGUGAGGCUGCUGCUGAGGCUCUGUCGAAGCACUACUGGGAGUACAAUGUGCUUGAUUAUGAAGAGAAAGUGGUUGAUGGUUUUUAUGAUGUAUAUGGACUCUCCACAGAAACAGCAAUUCAAGGAAAGAUGCCGUCUCUAACAGAUCUUGAAACAAGCAUUGGGAGUUCUGGCUUUGAAGUUUUAUUAGUUAAUCGAACAAUUGAUCCGGCUCUUGAAGAGUUAAUUCAAAUUACACAAUGCAUUGCUGUAGACUGUCCUGUUAGUGAUAUUGGGAUUUUGGUUCCGAGGCUUGCUGAGCUUGUUGCGGGUCAUAUGGGUGGUCCUGUUAAGGAUGCUAAUGUCAUGUUGGCUAGGUGGAUGGAACGAAGCAUGGAGUCAAGGCAAUCUCUACACACAAGUGUGUUGCCUAUUGGGUCUAUAACUAUUGGCCUCUCAAGACACCGUGCUCUACUUUUUAAGGUAUUAGCGGACAAUAUCAAAAUGCCUUGUAGACUUCUGAAAGGCAGUCAUUAUACAGGUGUUGAGGAUGGUGCUGUGAAUGUAAUAAAGCUGGAGGAUGGAAGGGAGUUUUUGGUUGAUCUCAUGGCAGAUCCUGGAACACUUAUACCAGUUGACGUCCCAAAUGCAAAAGAUUCUAUAUAUAGACCAUACAAUCCAAACAUAAGCAAAGUCCCAGCUCGCUAUUCCUUAAACAAUACUGGACUGUCUUAUUCCACACAAAAGCCUUUCCAAGAUGAGGGCAGCAGCCACAAUCCUAUGGUUGAAAAUAGUUCUGUACAAGAUGGAAGACCAAGACCAAUUGAAUCUGUGCCUGCAUUUUCAGAUUCAAGUGUUGAAAACAUUGUCGGUCCUUCUAGAGUAUCCAAUAAAGCUAGUCCUUCUAAUCAGUUGGAUAAUUUUUCAUCAUCAGCCAUGGGGAAUACUCACUAUAAAGGCAGCCGUGGAGCUCAUGCUGUUGAUGGUGGUGUGAGGAUGAAUAUUAAUGUAGUUCCAUAUAAUCAAAACCAAGAGGAUCCUAAGAACCUCUUUGCAGAUCUUAAUCCAUUCCAAAUAAAAGGACCGGGAAAGAACUCUGUGUAUAACAAACCGGGAGAGAGUAAAGCUGAUGAGCUUCAAAGAGCAAGGAAUAAUGUUGUCCCUGGCCGUCCUCCUGUGCCACUGAUGUGGAAAAGUCGCUAUACUUGUAAUGAAGUGCCUAAGAAGAAAGAGAGUGAUUAUUUGGAGGGUAUCUCUACAAGAAUUAAUCGUGAACCUAAUGAUUAUAAUAUUUCAUCAUUAGCAGCUUCUACCAGCAGUUCAACUGAAAAGGUCAAUAAUGGUGGAUUUAAGUCAUCUGGUAAUACAAGUACACCAAGUAAGGACAAUUAUGAUGAAAAAAAUUCUGCGUUUAAUUCAAGUUCACUGUCGGCGGCACAAACAAGUGAAUUCAAAACAAUGACUUCAGGAGAUGAUCGAAACACUAGUGUUGCAGAAGAAAAACCCAGAGAUUCAAAAGAUUUGCAGACUGAUUGGAUAUACGUGAAUAAAGAAGGUGAAAACAAUGAAAAUGUGUUAAAAAACCGUAGAAAAGGCACACAUGACAGAUUCAUGGAGACCAGUAUGAAAUUGAAGGCCGCGGAAGGUCCUUCCACAGCAGCUAAUUCUACCAGAAAUAGGAUGGAUCAAGUAUUUGAUGAUGUAGAUGUAGGUGAAUGUGAAAUUCCUUGGGAGGAUCUAGUUAUUGGUGAAAGGAUUGGUCUAGGUUCGUAUGGGGAAGUAUACCAUGCAGAUUGGAAUGGAACAGAGGUAGCUGUAAAGAAGUUCUUGGAUCAGGAUUUCUCAGGCGCUGCUUUGGAUGAGUUUAAAAGAGAAGUACGAAUUAUGCGUAGGUUACGGCAUCCAAAUGUUGUUCUUUUUAUGGGUGCUGUUACUCGACCACCAAACCUGUCUAUUAUUACUGAGUUUCUUCCUAGAGGAAGCUUAUACCGGAUUAUCCACCGCCCUCUUUGUCAAAUCGAUGAGAAACGUAGAAUUAAGAUGGCUCUUGAUGUGGCCAGGGGUAUGAAUUGCUUACAUACUAGCAUACCCACAAUUGUUCACCGGGAUUUGAAAUCACCCAAUCUUUUGGUUGAUAAAAACUGGAAUGUGAAGGUUUGUGAUUUUGGACUGUCUCGCUUGAAGCAUAAUACAUUUUUGUCAUCCAAGUCAACUGCAGGAACGCCUGAGUGGAUGGCACCUGAGGUCCUCCGCAACGAACCUUCAAAUGAGAAGUGCGAUGUAUAUAGCUUUGGAGUAAUUUUGUGGGAGCUCGCUACACUUAGAUUGCCUUGGAGCGGGAUGAACCCAAUGCAAGUUGUUGGUGCUGUUGGUUUCCAGAAUCGUCGCCUCGACAUCCCUGUGGAAGUUGAUCCAAAGGUUGCAAGAAUAAUAUGGGAAUGUUGGCAGACUGAACCAAACUUGCGUCCCUCGUUUGCACAGCUCACAGUAGCUCUCAAGCCCUUACAACGACUUGCUGCUGUACCAUCCAAUCAGGACCAGCCAAGCUCACCUCUACCACAAGAAAUCUCAGUAAAUUCUACACCUUGAACUUCCAUCCUCAGAUUCUCCCAAGUGUGAUUAACAAUUAUGAAUGUGUGAUAUACAUAUGUAAUUACUUGUGUUGCCAAAGCGUUGCAGCAUGCCUUUUUGUAUAGUUGUCCAUAAUUUAUAAACCCAUGUGUCUAUACCUCAUAUAUAAUAUAAACAUAUAUAUAAAUAUAAGUACAAAUAUAAAUAUAAAUACAAAUACAAAUUUAUUUUAUACUGCAA